AUGGCCGACAAAUUAAUUGCCAAAAGAGACGAGUCUCUAAGAACUCAAACGUUUGAACAUGUUGCACCCGCACCUAAAGAAAUUCCUCAAGUGGAACCAAUGCACAGGGUACCAAGACCGCUGAGACAUGUCAAGUACAUUCCGAUCAAAAACUUGGUUUAUUUUUCCAAAAACAACCCUCCUGUCUUUUCAUAUGAGACCAAAAUCAAAAUCCCCUUGCCAAAGGACAAGCUUGUGGUGCAAGUGCGGAACGCGGGUUUGAAUCCUGUGGAUCUCAAAAUUAUGAACAGUUACACUCGCAACAUGAACCGUGGUUUAGGGUUUGGAAGUGAGUAUAGUGGUGUCGUCACAGAAGUGGGCGCAAAUCUGCACGGAGAAUGGAAAGAGGGCGAUGAGGUUUACGGAAUCUUUUACCAUCCUAACCUGGGGCACGGUACAGCACAAAGCUCUAUCGAGAUAACACCAUCAAAGGAUGUGAUUCUCCGCAAACCUUCUAAUCUCGGAUUCCCAGAAGCUUCCGGUACCCUUUUUUGUUUAGGCGCUGCUUACAACAUCCUUGACGGUUUGGAAUCUAAGGGUCAGCUUUCGGAAAAAGCUAAUAUUCUAAUAAAUGGAGGAACGACCAGUGUUGCAAUUUUCGCGAUCCAACUCUUGAAGUACCACUAUCGGAUUCCCAAUAAGCUUGUUUUACUGUGCUCGGAAUAUGGUGCACUUUUCUUGAAAUCUCAUUUCCCUGACUUGUGCGAUGAACUGAUUUUCGUGAACUACGUGAUGAGCGCGAAUCGCAUACACAAACCUCUUCAAGAUAUGAUAAACAAUCGAGAAACCAUAUCUUAUGAUGCUAACACAGGUCAGCCAAUAUCCACACCAUAUGACCAAGGAAAAUUCAGCGUGAUACUCGACUUUAUCGGUGGUUAUCAGUUGUUGAGCCACACAGACGCAUUGCUUGCGAAGAAUGGUGCGUACGUAACAACUGUAGGGGAUUAUCGCGCCAAUUACUCGAAGGACGUCUUCAAUGCCUGGGACAAUCCCAGUGCAAAUGCGAGAAAGAUCUUUGGCAAACUGCUUUGGACCUUUGAUUAUACGCAUUUUCAAUUCGACCCCAACGCCAAGUACGUGGGCAAGAAUGACUGGGCUGAAAAAUGUGCCGAACUCGUGGAAAGCGAAGUUGUAAAGUGCAUCGUGGACAAAAUGUACGACUGGAAGCAAUACGAGGAUGCCUUGGAUUAUUUGAAAAAGGGGCAUUGUCACGGGAAAGUGGUUCUCGAAGUUGAGAGGUUUUAA